AGCCGCGGCCGGCUCGACCUGGGGAGGGGGGGGGGUGGCCGGCGCGAUGGCAGGAUAGUGGCUCGAGCGACUCCAUCAGUAACGGCAGCUGAAGGGCGAUCAGGCAGCCUCCGUCAACUCAAGAGCCACUAAAGACUAAAGACCACUAAACUGGUGAACGUCACAUGCUCAUACUUGAUGGCUACCCAGGUGUACAAUAAGUUCUUUGUGUCUCAUGUAUUUACAUGGAGAAGCGACAGUAAAAUGUCAAAAUGAUAUUUUUGCAACAAUCAAGAUGGAGUCAAUGUUGCAUCUAUAAGAGCUGUAAUGAAAACCUUAAUGAAAUGAGCAAAAGUGGACAUCGAAGCUGAAAAGCAGUACAUAUCUGUACAGAAGCUAAAUUACCCAAUAUGCGCAUCAGCAUGAGAAGAAUUGUUCUGCUUAUUUGCUGUGCCUUUGCUACAAUGAUGGUCUUUCACAUGGGCCAGCACAUGUGGGAAUGUCAGCAAAUACUGAAUCAGAAUGGGGGCUGGUUCCAUGGCAGACGAACGCACAGUAUGAUGAAACCAGAAAGGGAGGAAUUGGUCAUGUAUAACUCAAAAAACAUUGAAUACCGCUACAGUAAAAAUAUGCCUCUAAUCUUCAUAGGUGGAGUGCCCCGAAGUGGGACAACAUUAAUGCGGGCAAUGAUGGAUGCACAUCCAGAAAUCCGAUGUGGUGAAGAAACUCGGAUCAUUCCACGUGUGCUGGCCAUGCGUCAGGUGUGGUCUAAAUCAGAACGUGAAAAGAUGCGCUUAAAUGAGGCAGGAGUGACGGACCACGUCCUAGAUUCAGCAUUGCAAGCGUUUAUAUUAGAAGUAAUUGCAAAACAUGGUGAACCUGCAAAAUACUUGUGCAAUAAGGACCCUUUCACCUUAAAGUCUUUAAAUUAUCUGUCCAAACUGUUUUCACAGUCUAAAUUUAUUCUGAUGAUUCGAGAUGGCCGGGCAUCGGUGCAUUCAAUGAUUACAAGAAAAGUAACGAUUGCUGGAUUUGAUCUUAACAGCUAUAGAGAUUGUAUAAUCAAAUGGAACAAGGCUAUUGAAAUUAUGUAUGGACAGUGUGUGGAGGUAGGACCCUCCAGGUGCCUCUCCGUUUAUUAUGAGCAGCUGGUAUUGCACCCCAAAAAAACAAUGGAGAAAAUCAUGACAUUUCUUGGUAUUCCAUGGAAUGAUGCUGUUUUGCAUCAUGAAGAACUAAUAGGAAAAUCAGGAGGAGUCUCGCUUUCAAAAAUAGAGCGAUCCACUGACCAGGUUAUCAAGCCAGUUAAUCUUGAGGCUUUGGCCAAAUGGGUGGGACACAUUCCAAAUAGUGUGGUCGAGGAUAUGGCACGGAUAGCACCUAUGUUGGCAAAACUAGGAUAUGACCCCAAUGCAAAUCCGCCAAAUUAUGGAAAUCCUGAUGCACUAGUAAUUAAUAACACCAAAAGGGUCAUGCAAGGUGACUUUAAAACACCUGCCAAUUUGAAAGGACCUUCUCCGAUAAAGCUGAACAUUACGGCAACUGGAGUUUGAUAGUAAUAAAGCAGUGGAUGAUGACAGGGUGCCAGAUUGGCAGACAAAAUAGAAAAUGAAGAAAUGACUGAAAACUGGAAGCAACAAAACCUGAAAGAAUGUCACGUCCAUCUGGACUUUGGUGUUUUUGAUGGAGGGAGUGACCUGUGACAAUCUUUACUGAAUCUUGACUAUUUGUGAAGAAAGUUAACUUAAUGAUGCUUUCUUCUCCAAAGUUAACUUUGCUAAAUGUUUCAAAGAUGAAGUCAUUAGUUCAACGAUUAUCUGUGUGUGUUCAGAUUGUAAGUGAUGUUGCAUCACAGGUCUCCUGUGAUGAUUGCUUCUUUUUAUUUGGCCAUGUUCUCUCCAUCAUGCGUUUAUUGAAUAUUAUGACUUGAGCAGCAUUUUAAGCUGCUGUAUUAUUUCUUAUCACCACUAUGACAAUCAAGAAUGUGUAAUCUUUAAGGUUUUUUCCUACAUGCUAUUUCUAAUAAUGGAUACUGAGGAUUGUUAAUGAAUUAAUACUACUCAGUCACACAAUUAAAGCCAGCAACUUCCCCAGAGGAUUUCCAAUAUUUGUCAGUGAAAUAUUAAAGCAAAGAGUUCAGAUAAGUUUAUAUUUAACAGUCAAACCUGGAGUAUAGCAUAAUAAAUAAAAACAGAAAAUGCUGGAAACACUCAACAGGUCAGAUAGCAUCUGUGGAGAGAGUGUAGCAUAAAUCUUAAAUUCACACCAGUUUAAUUGUAUUAUAGUUUGAAAAUACUGAUUUUUUUUAAAGGGACUUCAAGGUAAGAUUUCCUUUUUGAUUUUUGACUGUUGCGUCUGGCUGUCCAGGACAAUUUUGCUUGGAAUAUCCAACUUGAUAAACCUCAGAGGGCAAUCUGAACUGAAUGGGAUUCAAAUCUGCAUCCAUGUAAACUCUGGUACUGGUAGCACACUCGAAGAAUGCAUUCACCUUGAAGUUUAAUAAAUAGCAUUGAAGGAGGCUGUUUAUGUUAAUGUUAUAAAUGCCAUCAUUGUAGUAGUGCCACAUGACAUAGGAUACUUCACAGUUUUGUGGUGUAUUCUGUAUAACGUGCAAGAUUGUAAUUCAUUAUCCUCAGUUGUAAAGUGCACAAAACUUCAGAUGUCUACUUAUUGUAACUUGUUUAUGUUACUAAAAGCAAAUUUGCUGAGGAUAAAAUAAGUCUUCAUUGGGAAAUUACAUUGGAUAUCUAGCGGUUCUGUUUCCUUGGUAGUGUUCCUUAUCAAGCCUUCACUAUCAAAGAAAUUAGCUGGUCACCUCUGCGAUCUUGCUGUGCAUAAACUGGCUAACUUUUGUUGUUUCUGAAAGAUAUGAUAAAAGUUUUAUGUAAAUUUAUCUUUCUGUUCUGACCAUACUUUGAGGAUAUUUGCAGAUCAAGAAAGUUUGGCUGAGAAUCACUGAUGAGUAAUUGUUUUUAACUGGAGAAAUUUCAUUUUUGAAAGCACCAGCUGCAUUAUAAUUUAAAUAGAAUAUAUAGCACAGAAAUAGGCCAUUCAGUCCAAUAGUCUGUGCGGUAUUUAUACUCUACAUGAGUAUCUUCCCAUUCUACCUCUCUUUCAUCCCUUCAGCACAUCACUCUUCAUUCAUAUAAUUUCCUUUUGAAAGCAUCUAAGCAUUGUGGUAGCAAGUUCUACAUUCUAACUACUUUGAAUAAAGAAACAUUUCUUUAUUUCCCUAGUUGACAUAUUAGUAACUAGCUUGAAUUUACAACCCUUAGAUUUGCAUUCUCAAAAGUUGAAACAUUUUCUGUAUCUACCCUGUCCAACCCAUUCAUAAUGUUAAAGACCUCUGUCAGACCACUUUUCUAAAGAAAAAGAUCCAGCAGUUCAAUCUUUCCCUUUAGUUGUAAUACCUCAGUUAUGGUAUCAUCCUUAAAACUUUUUUGCAUUUUCCCCAGUGCUUUUAUCCUUUUUAUAGUGUGGAGACCAGAACUGUGCACAGUGCUCUGGUUGCUUGAACAGGGCCCUCUACAAGUUUAACAUUACUUCACACCUUUUGAAUUCUAUACCAAUAGAAAUAAACCCCCAGUGCUUUGUUAGUAUUUUGAUUGCUUUGCUGACAUGCUUUGAUGCUUAAUGAAUUUGUUUCAUCUGUAUCCUUAAAUCCCAUUGCUCUUCUAUCAAAUUCAGUUUUCAUUCCAAGGUGCAGGUAAUAUUUCCAUUUUCCCUAUUAAAGUGUAUCACCUCACAUUUAUUUAUGUUAAAGUUCACUUGCCACUUACAAGCCCAAUCUGCAAGUUUUUGAAUGUUUUUCAUUGUGUUUCUUUCUUCCUCUGUGUUAACCAAACCCAAUUUGAUAUCAUUUUCAAACUUUGAUUAUUGAGUUACUUGUUCCUCCUAAGUCCAAACAUUAAUGUCAAUGAUGAAUAACAGUGGUCUUUGGGAAACAUUGCUAUCUACCUUCCUUCAAUCUGAAUAAGUACCUUUUAAUACUGCUCUUUCUUUUCUAUUUUGUUCUAGCCAACGCUGUCUAUCCAGUUAUUUCUCCUGACUCCACAUGCCACCAUUGGCAUGAGCAUGCUGUGUGGUACCUGAGAGAUACUUGUUUUAAGGGCUAUCUUAUCCUAAAAUACCAUCCUUAAAUGUAUGAUUUAAAUAUAUAAAUACAAGAUCAAAUCAAAAUAUGUAACUUCCUUUUUGCUCACCAUUUCAAAUCAAAUGGAGUAAAAAGCUUCCUCUUAGAGACUUGAAUUUUCUUAUCUUUUGUUUUUGAAUCACACCUCAUUUGCCAAAAGUUGUCUCUAUUGUUGACCAAAUUCCCAAAAUAUAUAAGGCUAUAUAUUUUUUCAUCUGCUGGAUUUCCUUAUCUGUUCUGCUUUUUAAAAAAAAAUGUCUUGGUAUUGCAGGCAGUUAGGCUCUAGCCUUUCACCCCUGGGAACUGAGUUUUAGUCCAACCAGACUGAUGGGAUAAAAGUCUCCUCUGUCUCUUUAGUUAGUAAGGAAAGAGUAAAUUUAUUUCAGCAAGUGGGCAUGAAGCCACGCAUAAAAUCGUUUUGAUUUGGCAUUAAAUUUCUAUUCUGCAGAGGACACAGGAUUGUUACUAUAGGAAGAUGAUGAUUUUAAUGCUGAACAAGUGCUUUUCUGAAGCUGCACUGUGACACAUUUCAGAGCAGAGUGGAAUAAAUUAUUUACUGCACUUAAUCCAUGUUGCACCUAGGGGUCUGGGAAUGUUUGGUGCUGACAUUGAUUAUAUGAAAGGCAAAGUUUUUUUGCUCCUUAGCAUUAACGUCCCUCAUCUGGAUUAGCACAAAAUUUGCAAAAAUAUUAUUUUAAAAAAUGAAAUAAUUGCUAGUUCUAGCCUUCAGACCUGCAUGGAUGUUUGCAUUUCUUUAUGAGGAUGUGGUCAAUAGGAAUAUCUUUUAGAGCUGGCAAUGAUGGCAGUGGUUGUUGUACCUUAUUUUCUGCAUUCCAGUGCUAACACUGAGUAAAGACAUACAAUGGUGAUGUGUGCUAUGGAAAGAUUUUACAGAACUGUUUCCCUAGCAGCUAAAUGGAGAUCAUUGAGAUAUUUUUACUUUUGCAUCAAGAGUGGAAUUUGUAUCAAAAGUUGGAAGUCCAGAGCAGAUCAGACAGCACUAAAAGAUAAAGAUAGAUUUCAUUUCAAUUUUCUUAAUUGAGAUCAGACUCUGCAUAAAAAUACAUGUUGGUAUGGGGAAUGCCAUUCCAGUGUGCCGCUACUCAAUAAUUCAAUAUCUGCCUUCAAGUCUGGCAACUCUAACUACACAAUUUCAGAAUCAGGUGCAAGGCGCUUAAAGUGCCAUCUACAGGAUCAGCAGGAGAUAUUUUUAGUUUGUUGAAUGCCCCCAUGUAUGUUCUGACUCUUUGGGACAAGUGAAAAGGAGAGAUGUGUUUUUGAGGGGGCAGCAUCUCCCUUCCCAGAAAUGUUUCCCUCCUACAACUGUUAAUUUCGAGAGCUGAAGCUCAUUUUCCUUCACCUCCUUUGAAGAUCAUUCAUUUCUCUUCCACUAAUUCUGAUGUUGGCUUUCACUCAUACCCCUGAGCAGUGACCCUGAACAGGAGUCACUGGUCAAAGCAAGUCAGACCUCACACUUGCGAGGACAGGCAUGAUGGGUGCUAUGCCAGCUGCUACUUUUCCUUUGGUGCCCUAGCUAUCUCAGAUCACUAACAAUCUAGUGGAACUAUCUGUUGCUUGGAAUAAAGCCAUACCAGGGUGGUCAUGGACUGUGAACACAGAUUUCUCCUAUAUAAGUAUAAUUGCUUGCUUGUAAUUUUUAAUGCUCUGUGAUGAUGCACAUUACUUUUAAGAUGGUGGUUGGAAAAAAAUGCAGUGUCUCGUGAUAGAGCAUAAUUACAUGUUCAUCUGCAUUCCUCUGAACAUCAAGAAGUCUUUUCAGUAUCACAGCCAGGUCUGAUCUUGUCCUCAUUAGAUGCCCAGUAAUGUACUUUUCAGCAAGGACCAAUAAGGAUUGUGAUCAAUGAAGGCACCCUUCUGCUGAUUUAUCCCCAGCCCCAACUGUUCCCUGGCUGACAUCAGCUAGCCCAGCAAACACCAGAGAUCAAACAUCAGACUUUCUGAAAUGUAUGAUACCCACGGAGCUAGCUUGUGAAUUGUUCUCAUUACUUACCAACAAUGUGCUACUUUGCACAUUGUGCCUUCCCCAUCUUUACUUGCCUUAAGGAAACUUCGGGUUUGUUAAUUCUUCACCCACUGGCUGUGAGUGAGAACAUUACAAAUUACAUGAUACUUCUGCACCUGUUGCAAAAAGAAUGUAAAAUUAGAUUUUUUUUGUUUUUCUCCGCGUAAAUCAGUUGAAAAUAUCGACCUAUUCCUUUUUAAAUGCACAUUGUCAGCGAUAAUUACAUUUUUUUUAAAAGAUUUUCAUUGCAAGAGUAGAAAUUCUUUCAUCCAAAGUGGAGGAGUUGAAAAGUGGGAAUAAUCUUGAUCAUGUGUAACAAAGGUGCAUUUUAGUAGUUUGAACUUUACAACUUUGUACUUUGACAACAAAAGUAAAACAGUAAAUAAAAAGCUUGAUUGCUGGA